AUGACGACCAUCCCAAGCCGUCUGGCUCAGACCACACAGAUCUCGAGGACGCUCGACGAGGCGCGCAGACGUUCUACAGCACUGUACCGCAACUUCUACCGAUCUGCCCCCGAGAUCUGCGCUCUGUACGCGCUCGAUGUGCCUCCGUCGAUCCUGCGCGCCAAGUUCCGCACGCAGUUUGAGAAGAACAAGACGGUCAAGGACCUUGCCGUGCUCGACUUGAUGCUGCUCAAGGCACAGCAGGAAUACCAGGAAACGAUGAACGGGUGGAAGCAGAUCCCGCACAUCAUGAAGUGGUUCGCAGAGGAGGAGGGACCAGCGCGACCCGAGGGCUUCUUGGAAAAGUUCUACGCUUCUCGAGACGAGGGACGAGGACCGAUCGGCACGGGCAUCUGA